UCCCUCUCUCUCAUCAACAGUUUUCAAUUUCCAGCUAGGCAUUAUCUCAAAUUCACAUAGUGCGCAUACUCCCCUUCUUUCUCUCUCCUCAUAGUAUAUUUUACUACUCUCUCCAUAUAUAAAUAAACCUCUCCAAAAGGGCAUAUAAUUUUUCCGUUUCUCCUCUCUUUCUCAACCCUCUCUCUUCCAGUUUCCACCAUCAACAAAACCCACCAACACUAUUCAUAUUUUCUCGUUAACAACAACAAAAUCAUCUUCUCCUUCUUCUCAACAGAAAUUGCAGUUACAGUAACAUAUUUUCUGGGUUUUUAUUUUUUUAUUUUUUGAAUUCUCUCAAUUUUUUGAUCCGGGGUUUUAUUGGUGGUGAUUAUGUCUCAACAAAGGCAAUUUCAUAAUAAUAAUUAUAAUUAUAAUAGUAGUUUUGGAGGGGGGCAGUCGAUGAAUCAUGAAACAACAUACACAAAAAUAUUUGUGGGUGGUUUGGCUUGGGAAACUCAAAGGGAUACCAUGAAGAAAUACUUCGAGCAGUUUGGAGAGAUCUUGGAGGCGGUUGUUAUUACUGAUAAGUCUACUGGAAGAUCUAAAGGCUAUGGUUUUGUGACAUUUAAGGAUCCAGAAUCAGCCUUUAGGGCUUGUCAAAACCCAUCACCAGUGAUUGAUGGAAGGAGGGCAAACUGUAAUCUUGCAUCUCUUGGUGCUCAGAAGAACCGCCCACCCACUCCACAACAUGGAGGAGGAGGAAGGUCGUUUAGACCAUCAUCAGGUUUGAUGAGUGCACCAACAUAUCCAGGUUCAUCUUCAUCGCCAUACUUUCAUCAGCCUUCUGCUCAGCCUCCUCCAUACCCCUAUUCACCUUAUGGAUUCACUGGGUAUGCACAUGACACAAUGUACCACAUGAAUUACUAUGGUGUAUACGGUCAACAAUUCUCACCUUACUACCCAACAACUGGAGGUGGAGGUGGAGGUGGUGGAGCAACAGGAGGAGGAGCAGGGGCAAUAGGGUACUUUCCCAACUAUUACCCAUAUUAUGGGCCAUAUCCUCAAGGUAACCAAGGUCAUGGGUUUGGGGUCCAAUAUCCUCCUCAUAUGGUACAACAAUACCCUUUGUUACCCCAUCAGCAUCUCAACUCCCCUGGCAUCUUAUCACUUCCCACUUCUCCUUUGCCUAAUAAUAUUACUACUCCUACCACCACCACUACUACCACAGGGGUGACAUCAACUGUAGGGGUAGUGGCUGUAUCAACAGGGUCAAGUCCUUCUCAAGCCAUUACCACAACAACUGCAGAAACUUCUGAACAAAUUCCAUCUACCUAGCGGGCCGGGCCGGGCCAGGCCAGGCUGGGCUGCUGUUCUAUGUUGUUAUAAAGACUAACAAAUUUCUUAAAAGUGUCAAAACAAUCAAAGACACACGAUAAAAGAAGGGUAAUCGUUGAACAAGAUUCAGAGAUUGAUCGAUCAUCUAACACCAAUCUAUAUCUACCAAUCUAUAGUAUCUUCAUUAUAUUAUCAUACAUGCUUCAUUUUUAAUUAGGAAUAUAGUUAGUUGUAGGAGUCAAUCAUUAGCAUUAGGAAGGAUCGAUGAUUAUAUUGAUUUUUUUUUUUAUUUUAAUUUUGAGUAUAUUUUUAAUGAGGUUAGGAACCAAAUAUUGGUCUUGGUUUCAACCUUGGAUACUCCUAUGUAUGCCCUCAUGGAUGCAUGCAGCAUUUCUAGGGCAUAAUCUUGUUCAUAUCGUAGGAGCAGCAAUUUUUAAAAAUAUUUGGCUCAAAAGGUUUGUUUUAUGACUUUUGGCCAAUUAUUUGUUUCUUAUUUUUUUUAGUUUAUUUAUUUAUAUAGGUGAAAUUGGGAGGGGGAGAUAGGGUUCAAACCCCUUACCCUAAUAGUCAGGGUAACCAAUGUGGGGUCAUUUAGACCUUUGAUUGAUCCAAUUGUAUUUGUCAAUUCUUAAACCAAAAAAGAAAAAAGAAAGGGCAGGCUUGGAUGUUUUGUCCAAUUUCAA